AGCGCUACCCUACGCAUCGAACGCGAGCGUGUGUCGCGAGCGCAUUCUCCGCGCCGCGGCUAAUACGUAUGUACGCAUUCCCGUUGUCGCCGUCGCCCGCCGUGAACAUCGGCGUUGCCUCGGUACGUCGCUUCUGGAGCGUAGCAACGGCCCGGUCGCGCCGCGCGAGGGCCGCGCGUUGUCACCGCUGUCUCUGCGAAAUUUGCGUGCGCGUGACGAGGCAGCAACAGCUCGCCGUCGCGGCCAGUGACAACGUUUAUUUUCGAUAGGAAGGAGAGAGAGAGAGAGAGAGAGAGAGAGAGAGAGAGAGAGAGAGAGAGAGAGAGAGAGAGAAAGCUCUAUCCCGAGGAUAUCUCUGCCGCGGGGAGUGAUCCGAGGACGGCCACAGGCAGCACAGGCAGAUUAUACCAGUUGUAGCGGGGAAAGACAGAAGAUCGCGGGUGCAUCGAUUACUCGCGCUCGGUCACCGAGUUUGUUUCCCCCGUCUCGUUGGCGUCUCUCUUCGAAGGCGAUCCCGGUUCGGUCUUGGAUCCCCCCCCGGGUGAACUCUCCGCUCGUUCUCCGCGAGAGACAUUUCGGGGAAAUCGCUCUCUCGGCGCGGAUAUAUUCCAGCCAAUCUGUCGUCCUGGUCUACGCGUCCAAGUGGCGGCAACAAAAAAAUUGACGGGAGAUGAGAGCUUGGCUAAGCGUGGUUGGAGGGAGCUUGAUGCGAUCCAGAACUCGAGAAAUGUCGAUCCGAGCGCGCUGACUAGUGUUAGUGAGCAUCCAGUGAACACGGAGCAGCCUCGUCUUACAAAGUGCCGGUUUUUCCCCCCGAAUUUAAAGGGAGGGAGACAGAGAGAGAGGAAGAGAGAGAGAAUAUUCCAUCUAGAUAUUCCAAGCGUCCGAUUUCGAAGGAGUCGAUUUUUCCGUUUUUCGUUUGACAUGACCCAAUAAAACCUUCGAAAGGCUUCGUCAAGAUCGAGGUGUAAUGUUCGCGAUGUGUGCAGGUGAUUGAUUCGUGCGUCUGCUACCUCGAGGCUCUUGUGAAUAGAAUCGUACAUUGAUAAGCAAGAAAAUGGUUUCGACUCGUCAAUCAAGCAACAUGGGAAACAGCAGUAGUAGUGGAUCAGUUGGUGAAGUUGGAGAAGUGAGUCCGUUGAAAAAGCAUCAUUCAGUAACGGCUGGUACAUCUAACAGCGGACCCACUAUUGAAUCACGCAAUCUGAAUCUUUUGGAUUUACCUGUUGAAGUACUUGAGAAGAUUUUUAGCUAUUUAGGCUUCAAUAUGGUAGCACAUAUGCGUCUAGUUUGCCAUCAACUGGACCGCAUUUGUGGGUCAAUCCUCAACUCUACGUUUCAAAAGCUGCAGGCUCAGAUGUUGAGCCGCUUUCAAGCUAUCAAGGCGCAAAUGCCCAGGCGCGAAUCCGCGCGUCGAAAUCACCCUCUAGCGUGCGAGUCGGAUAUCAUAGAAACUCUGCAUAUGCGGCUUACCUUACUGCAAAUGAGUUUCGGCAAGCACAUUGAACGGAAGCAUUGUUGCUUUUUUCCUGGCGAAAUUCUGGACGAGGUUUAUCGCAUUCUUUAUUACAUAAAAGUUACUCCAAAAUUGCAAAGACCCUAUAAGGUUACAGAUGAACUGUUUGAUUUGAGUACUAUGGCUAUGGAAUAUUUCAAGGAACAUAUUGAACCAACAUUACCAGAAAUACCUUACUUUGGUGCCGACUUUCUGGAUCUUGCAGGGACGUUUUCUUCUAGUAGUGUGAGUAAACCAUUUAUGUGCCUGGAUUCCGCACCUUUAACCGUCGGAAAUGGAAAAACGGGCAAUACUGGCGAAGAAGAAGGUUCUUCGUCGCAUUGCUCAGACGACCCUGCUCUCUUGGAAUCCAGUGUGUCGCCGCCACAAUCGAAUAUGGUUUUGCGAAAACGAAUUCGCAAGAUUAAACAAGGCAUGAGAAGAUAUAAUAGCCAGUUGACACUGAUGCGCAGGGAUUUAAAGAGUUGCAAAGCAAAAAUUGCGGAACAACAGAAACAGAUUGUAGAAUAUGCCACUCGAUUGGACGAUAAUGACAAGAAGAAUGAGGAGACGUCGCGAAAAUUUAGCACGCUCCUACAGGAAUUGAACAAGUGCAAAACUGAGUUACAGUAUUGGCGAUCCAAAUCACCAGCAAUACCAGUGUGUGUAGGUUGCGGUCAGUCAAUGCCAGUCCCUACAGAGGAUUUACAAGCUUUAGCCAAUCAAGGAGUGCUACCAGAUGCAUUUGGUGAAGGGCACGACUUUAUUCCCAUCGCGGAUGCCCACAGUCCUACUGAAGUGGUACAGCAAUCCGUAGUUACGCAACCUCCUUCGUCGACGCCAACGGAGGAGAUGGCACCCCCAAAGGCUCCUGUGCCUUCGAUAUCCUUUAAACGGAAAUCCACCACAGAGGAAACGUCGACCGAUUCCGCGAAAAAAUCACGUCGCACUGCCAAGUCUCGUCAGGCUAAGCGCUCAAAAAUAUAAAAUCGAUAACACUGAUCAUGGUACAAAUAUCUGUUCAACCAAUCUCCAAUGAAUUUCCGGAGAGAUGGGGAACUUUCUACGAUAGUUUACGCGCGUUUCUUUAUGUCAGCAAGCCAAUGAUCUUAGAAGAGUACAAAAUUUCCUCACCGAACGUCCUGCAUAUUGCGCAACGAACCUCGUUUAAAAAAAAAUUAAUCGUGUCAGUAUAAUGAUCAUCAAAUUUUUUUCUCAUAGACAGAGAUGUUACCGCCGAUGCAUGGCGUGCAUUUUAUAAAUAUUCUAAAGAAGCCUAGUCGGAUCAUUUGCUUUGCUCAUAAAGCAACGUCUUAACUAUAUUUUCCCGAAUUCCUUUAAAAUUCUUUGUAAUUAUUUCGCAAUUAUUACCGUCAUUGCUGCGAUAGACUCAAGGAUAAUAGAAAGUUAAAAUCGCGUUUUAUCUUUGUCAUGCAUUUAACAGCGAUAUCACGUGAUAGAACACAAUAAUGUAAUCGUGGCGAUGAAAAAAUUCGCCUUCCAUUUUGCUCUUUUAUCAAAAGUGCAGUGGCUCCUAUCAUGUUUUUGGUGCAUAUAUAAUAUAAAUCAUUUUAUUAUAAAUCAUAAAGAUUAGAGACAAGAGCAUAUAAGUUCAAAUCCGAAAAAUGUCGCCAUUUGGCACAGAUCCGCGGAAUAUUAUUGACAGCUUUGAUUACAGAUCGUUUUUAUGAGAAAAUAAAUUAUGGAGAAUAUUAUGUCGUAAUUAUGGAUAAUACUAUGUAUUGCAUAAAAGACUACAUAACUUGCAUCUAUAUAUUUAGUGCAGAUGCACUUGUGAAUAGUAGUAACAAUUGAUGGCAAUUCUUUAACUUAUCUUUUCCGUGUGAAUUAAUACUCUUGUCUCUUUUCAUGGCUACAACGUAAAUUGAAUCGUCUUUAUCUUUUUUUGAUCAAAUUAGGACAAUAUGAGAACAAAAAAGAUUUAUAUAUAUAUAAACAU